CGUUGCGGCCUUUUAGGGGAGGCGGGCCGGCGGCGCGGGUCCCACGGGGGCCGGGUUUGCUGAGGGGGCCUCGAGGGACCGCCGGGCUUUUGAGACAGCCGGCCCGGGCCCGGUGGCCGCUGCUUUUUUACCGCCUUCAGCGUGACCUUCGUUGCGUCUUUUGACCUGUCUGGUCCCAGUGUCUUCACCUACAAAAAGGGAAAGUGGUUUCUUCCUCAUCCGUUCCAGAGGCUUAAGGAGCACCGUCGGCCCUUAGUGGGCGUCAGCUUUGUGCUGUCAAGGAGAAAAACUACCAUGGCUUCCAGUUCUUUGACAAAACCUCAGAUGCGUGGCCUUCUGGCCAAGCGUCUGCGAUUUCAUAUUGUUGGAGCAUUCGUUGUCUCCUUGGGAGUUGCAGCUUUCUAUAAGUUUGCUGUGGCUGAACCAAGAAAGAAGGCAUAUGCAGAUUUCUACAGAAAUUAUGAUUCCAUAAAAGAUUUUGAGGAGAUGAGGAAGGCUGGUAUCUUUCAGAGUGCAAAGUGAUUUUGGAAUAUAAAGGCAGACUGUUCCUGAAGGAGCAUUCCAACUGCCAUAUAAUUUCUUUGGGUUGAGUUCCAUGGAAGUUUGUCACUUACCUGUGUUCCUGAACUAUGAACUACUAAUAUCUGGGCUAAGGAAUAGUUUCUCAUGAUAAAUAAACGAUUAACAAAUACUGUGGACACUAAA